AUGCCUGACGGGAGCUCCUCAUGCCUUCUCUCCAUGCCUGACUGGAGCUCCUGCAUGCCCUGUCCCCCGACGAGGCGCCGCAGUCCGCGUCCCCCGCGUCCGUUGCGAGAACGAGCCCUCGGCGGAGGGCUGUCUGGAGCGGCCGCGGGCGUGAUCCAGGUCCUCACACUGAUGUGGCUUCGCACCGGCAUGCACUACCAGUACAGGCACGGCGUCUCCACGCGGCAUGCGCUCCGCACGCUCUACUCUGCGGGCGGGAUCCCACGGCUCUACCAGGGGCUCCCCUUUGCUCUGAUGCAGUCACCGCUCGUCCGCUUCGGCGACACGGCCGCCCAGUCGGGCAUGCUCUCGCUCCUCGCCUCCUCGCGCCUCACUCUGAGCGAGCGCACUGCCUGCGCGAGCGCCGUCGCCUCCUGCUGGAGGCUCGCGGUCACUCCGCUCGACUGCGUCAAGACGACGCUGCAGGUGGAGGGGUCUGCCGGCUGGGCGCAGCUCCGCCAGAAGGUGCGGGCACGAGGGAUCGGCGUCUUGUACGACGGCGCGCUCGCCAACAUGGCCGCCUCCUUCCUCGGCGGCUUGCCCUGGUGGCUGACCUUCAACGCCCUCUCCGCCGCUUUGCCCGUGGACGAGGCCUCGCCGAUCGCGGCGCAGCUCGCCCAGCGCGCCGUGGUCGGCUUCCUGUCGACUGCAGUCUCGGAUUGCCUCACCAACGGGCUGCGCGUGCUCAAGACGUCGCGCCAGACGUCGCCGACCUCCCUCUCCUACUCCGCCGCCGCCGCCGCCGUCCUGGCCAAGGACGGUGUGGCCGGCUUGCUCGGGCGCGGGCUGCGGACCAGACUGCUCAUCAACGGGCUGCAGAGCGCGCUCUUCGUGGUCGUGUGGAAGCUGAUCGAGCAGCGGUUUGACGCCACGUGGCUCUCGAGAGGGGGAGGCGGGUAGAGGCGUGGGGUCUGCACUCUCAGACACGCCGGGGUGACCCUCUCUGUAUAUCAAUGCCUAUUCUUCGUUCCAGCGCCAGUCUCCGCAGGGACCGCACCUGUGUUUGUGACAGAGAUGUCAUAAUUUCUUC